CAACACGCUAGGUGACGCUCUCCCAGUGCUCUUGACCAUGUCACUCUGUACUGCAGAUGCUCCUCCGGACCGACGGAGGGCGCUGUGCCGCAGGCCGGGCCGCAGAAGCGCAAUGAGGGCUUUUUUUUGUUCCCAGAGAUUUUCGGUGCGCUGUCCACUUCAGCACCACAAGCCGAGCAGAGGCAGCGGGCUAGCUAACCCCGAGGAGGAGCGACUGAAGACACGGCUCAACAUCAGCACCAGCAUCGACACGAGCCCCAAAUACUGAAAACUACCCACCGAUAUCCACCAGAAACGCCCAAACCAACGAGGCAAAGGACUGCAGAAAAGAGUUCAGUAAUCAUGUACGAUGCAGCGAGGGUGCCGUCUCCUAAAGAUGGUGCAAAUGGGGUGGCCCAGCCGGUCGUCCCUGGAGCAGGAGCGGGAACAGCUGCAGGAUCAGGAGCACCCACACCGACUACAGUCAUACAAGCUAAAACUGAGGAGGGACAGCCAGGUACGGAGGAGGAGGAGGAGGAGGAGCCCAAAGCAGAGCCUGUCCUGGUGAAGAAGCCACACAGAGAGAUUCUGGACCAUGAGAGGAAAAGGAGGGUAGAGCUCAAAUGUAUGGAGCUCCAGGAGAUGAUGGAGGAGCAGGGGUACACGGAAGAGGAGAUUCGACAGAAAGUGAGCACAUUCAGACAGAUGCUGAUGGACAAAGAGGGUGUCAUCACCAGAGAAGGCUCAAACACACAACCAGUGGUCAACCACCUGCACUAUCAGCCUGAUGAGUAUGAGGGGGACCCUGAAUUGGCUGGCUAUGAAGAUGGAGACUAUGACCAUGAUUACCACAGUGACAACAGAGUGAAGAGGAAAUCAAGCAGCUCUCUAUCCCCUCGUCCAAAGAAAAGGAAGAAGAAGAAAUCUGGCCGCAGAAGGAGCCGGUUUGGCAGCUCCUCACCCACGCGCAGAGAGAAGAAGAAAAAGAGUGGGAAGAAACACAAGCGAGACAGGUCUGCAUCUGGCUCCAGGAAAAAGAGGAGAUACAGAUCGGGCAGCCCAAAGAACAAACACAAAGACAAGAAUAAACAGAAAAAGAGGUCCCCUGGUGAGACCCCUGGUAGGAGUUCGCAGCGUCAAGGCAGCUGCUGUAGCUCCCGUAGCGCCUCCCUGUCCUCCACUCGGAGCACCUCCAAAUCCCCUGCCAGACUGGACUGCAAGCACAAGACGGACGGACAAAAGGCAUCCAGCACCUCGCUGUCCCCAGGCCCCAACAGUCCCACCGCGUGGCACAAUGGGGACCACACCCAGCGAAGCCGCAACGGCAAGGCCAGCAGACUCAACCACACCGAGGGCGAGAAAGGGCACGAUAAGCUCCGUCUGCUGACCGCUAGCUCUGCAAGAAUCCAGUCCACUCUCCUGAGAGAGCACAACCUCCACAGCCUCCCCAGCAGGAGCCAAACAGGACCGGUGUGCGCGGCAGGAGAGGCUGGGAGUGUGGACGGCAGGAACACGGCCAUUGGGACCUCUGCAAUCCAGACACCAGGGAGAGGGAGAGGGAGCCAGAGAGGCCAGAAUAAGAGCUCCCACUCCCCUGCUCACAGCAGCGACUCAGCCCACUCCCAGCACAACCACACUCACAGAGGGAGGAACUCUCGUCACCAGAGAAAGGCAAAAAGUGGCCACUCUUCCAAGCGUCACCACCGCUCCAGUCGGGGCCAGGCACACCAUCGGAGCCCGUCAGCAUCUCCGGGGCGACACUCACACACGUCGGGCAGGAAGAAAGAGGAGUGUCGGAGCAAAACCAACCUCCGACAGCGCAGCAGCUCCUGGAGCAGCGGACGUUCAUCUUCACACUCUGCAUCCAGAGACAGAGGCCCCAGCAAGGCCAAGUCCCCACACAACAGACAGAACAACUCCAGAGAGAGGGACAGCCCUAACCGCUCUGACACAGACAGCCGAGCUCGCCGCCGCUCACGCAGCUACUCACCCAUUCGCAAAAGGAGAAGAGAUUCACCCAGCUUCAUGGAGGCCCGCAGGAUCACCAGCGCUCGGAAGCGGCCGAUCCCGUACUACCGGCCCAGUCCCUCCUCUUCCAGCUACGACAGCAGCCCGUCGCGGUCCAGUCGCAGCCGCAGUCGCAGUUACAGCAGCUACAGCCGCAGCAGAAGCCACAGCCGGAGCCACAGCCGGAGUCGGAGCCGCAGCCGGAGCUGGAGCCGGAGCCGCAGUCAGAGCCGGAGCUGGAGCCGCAGCAGGAGCCGCUCCCGCAGUCACCACAGCUACUACAGCCGCAGCAGCUACGACAGCCCGGGCUUCUGAAUGACCAGCACAGGAGGGGAAAACAAAAACAAACAGACGAGAAGUCCUGUUAAACUGACUGUGCUCCGGUUCAGUUCCAAUGUAUCUUUAACACGCCCACACUGCUGUACAGCCCAGGGCUCAAACACCUCGACCCACGACCAUUAUCCCUCUCUAAUACAGAGCCUGGAUCAAAGAGGGGAAAUGUAUUUUGAUAGAGCACAUUACUAUGAAAUUGGGUGUCACUGUUCAUGUCUUCACAUAUCCAAGGUAUUCAAGGAAAUGGGUUACCACUUGUCAAAAUUUGAUUUGGUAGAGCCCAAAGAACAAGUCUUGCUGUAUGUUAGCACUUUUUUUCUCUUCUUCCACAAAACAACCAAAAAUUAAUCAUUAAAAAACUAUAUACUAUUUAAAUAUAUAUAUAUAUAUAUAUAUAUAUAUAUAUAUAUAUAUAUAUAUAUAGCUAGCCUAAAAAUAGGAGCUGAGUAGAAGAUGAAAAGAAGAACGAACAUCAUUGGCUUACUGUACAUUUCAGAGACUUUUUUUUCCUCAUCAUGUACUCAUCUCCCCAAAGACUUCCAUUUCACCGAAGCACAGAGAUCAACUAAAGUGAGAACAAAAGAAAAGUCGGUGGAUGAAAUAGGAAGAAAAAAAAAAGGAACUUUUUUUAUGAUGAAAAUUGUAUUGUAUAGGUUUGUCUGUAUAGACGUAAACUCCUUUAAGUUCUGGCUUUGUAAACUAUGCACUGUAAAUUCCAUAUAGUCUGAGGAGGUUUGUUUAGCAUGAUGCAUCAGGAGAGACUUGCUGCUCGUAGGAGAGAAUCUUUGUUGAAAUGAGAGAUGCCAGGGUGCAUCUGUGCUCCCUCUGACCUAUACAGUAUGUCAGACACCCGCAUACAGAGGUGAAUGGGAUGGGGAAAAACAUGUAUUAUGUACUUUUACUCUUUUCCCUGUUUAAAUGAUUAUGUUGAUUCUGCUAAUCCUGUUUGAGAGUGUGUGUGAGUGUGUGUGUGUGUGUGUGUGUGCGUGCAUGUGUGUACCUCCUCUGCAAUGACCAGUGAGGUAGUUGUUCAUGUGUAUCCACUGUAGCCUGCGUCUAAGGCUGCUGUAUGGUACUGUACAGGAAAACUGUCUGCAAAAAGUCUCCAUACACACAUUUGUGUUGACCACAGCUAUUUAUGAAUCUACUGUAUUUAUUAGUUUAUUUAUUGGGGUAUUUAUUGUUUAAUUUAUUUAUCAUUCCUCCAUGAGCUGUAAAGCAGUUGGCUCGUGCUUUGAAGAUGAGAUUGCUGCAGAUGUAUCCCUGUGUUUUACAAAACGUCAGUUUCUCAUUGUGGCGGAGAUUAGCCAGCAGUGUGUAGAUUCACUGCUGUGCGUUGAAGGCGCUCUGAUUUUAGCCAGUGGAGCUGAGUCUUCGCCCACAGUUACCCCCACGAUCACCACUAUGGCAUCCCCUGCCUAUUGUAAUGGUUCAUUUUAAUGCAAACCAUUGUGGCUCUGCCUGUACUGAGAAGCAAGGGACCGGCCUGAAGCAGAACCAAAACAUCUCCCUGUGUGGAGAGGACAGUCCAUUAAUUCUUCUCCACUGUAAUGUUUUUGGGUUGCACCGUGUUUCUGAUCGUCCCCUGGUUACCAGCUUCAGACAGAGGAUAUAUGUAACUUUAGCAUAGCAGAGACUCCAGCUUCAGUAGUACGGUAAACUAACUGGCGAAACAAUCAGGGAUCACCCUAAGUCUUCCUUACCGUUCGUCCAGUCUCUUGUCACUCACACAGUGUUGCAUUCCUAGUGUGACUUAACCCAACUAUACUACUCUGCAAACAUGUUAAUUUAUUCAAGUAUAGCAUUGCCCCUUUGGUUCUACAAGUCAUUCUUUGUAAUGUACAAGUUAUUAUACCUGACAAUAAACAGAAACUAAUGGGGAAAAUUA